AUGGAAGCUGUGAAGAUGCUUGGGCAGCAGAUAUUUGAAAAGCGAAAUUCAGUGAAGCAGCUCCGUGUUGGCUCGGAGAGCUUCGGAAGCGAUGGUGGCAAUGGGAAGGAAGAGCGAUGCCAAAUAGUUGCGUGCCGCAAGGGGCAGGAUGUCUCGACUGGCAAAAAGUUUAUCCUUAAGUAUGGGGAAGUUGUGCGAAUUGGCCGUGGCAACGACAACGAGGUGAUCUUGGACUAUGAGGGUGUAUCGAAACACCACGCUGAGAUCUUCAUGCGGGCAAAACAGCCAGAAGAGGUCAUUCUUGGUGCAGAUCUCAAGAUGACAGGCCUGCUGUCGAUUCGUGACCUCAACUCCCGGAAUGGUCUCUCCAUCCACAAAUCACCGCUGGCUGCGGUCCCACCGCUGGGUGCUUUCGAUCGUAUCGUUCCUGGAAUUGUGCAGGCAGUGCAGGAUGGCUGGAGUGUUCUUGUUCCUGCCAAGAGUCGCCAUCAAGACAAACAGAUGACGGUGGAGCAGCGCCUUCUGACACUCUAUGUGAGCUCCGUGAUGGUGGAGAGUGCAUUGUGCUCCAACGGGUUGCCCGAAGCUGCUCAAGCGGCAUCGGAGCGGGCGGCCGGCCAGAAUCUCGCCGCGUGCAGCAUGGGCGUCGCCGUCAGCGCAGAGCAUGCUGGCGGCGGGCACGGCCACUCUGGUGGCCGGGUCCAUUACGGACAUGGUGGAUCUGUCGUUCACCACGACAGUCACAUGGUACAUCACGGACAUGCUGGACACGGACAUGCUGGACAUGCUGGACAUGUCGUGCACGAAGACGACGGAUGCGAAAACGUAGGCAGUAUUUGCUUCGAGCCCGUGGGAAAGAAGACGGUGGCUACGUGGAAGUGGGUCGGGGAUGGCAGAGGUUCUUAUGAAAAGGUUGAGAACUUCGCCUACGUUGGUGAGAAUGCUGGUAGCUUCGAGCGGAGGCUUGACGUCACCUAUUCCAGGUGGAAAGCACGUGGGUGUGUUUUGGGCCUCUUAUGCUGUCUACUCCUUGGUCUUGCUCUGUUUCUCGUACUCGGGCACUUCUUCCAUCGACAAUACCAUGAUGAACCCCAACCUCACCAAGACGACGUGUGGGACUGCACCAAAGACUUCUUCAAUUGGCAGACCCUUUGGACAGUUCCUCAUCAAGAAUGGUGCUGCGUCCACUAUGGUCGUGGCUGCCCUACCACCACACCCGCAACAACAAGUCCAGCUUUCGAUUGUGAUGCAGCCUUCAACAACUGGAGGGUUGCUUGGUCCAGUCAGAAGAAGGCAUGGUGCUGCCACAAGCUAGGUCGUGGCUGUCCUCCACACAUAACCACCCCGUACAACUGCCACACUGGCGAUGUGGAAGUGUGGACGGUGGGAAAGCGCCUUUGGUGUUGCCAGAACUACGAGGUCAGCUGUCCAGAUUACCACCCAAGCUUACCGUAUGACUGCCAUGCCGGACUUGAGAACUGGGUGGCAGGUUGGUCUGUGGGAAAGAAAGGAUGGUGCUGUGCACACUACAAGCUUGGAUGUGCACCAGUCACUCAUCCUCCCACGGUUGCACAUGGACAAUAUGACUGCCAUGCAGGGUACAGCAACUGGAGGCUUGGAUGGUCGGCCCACAAAAAACUCUGGUGCUGUCACCGGUUUCACAGAGGGUGCUCAGACGCACCUUAUGAUUGCGAUGCCGGAUAUUCCAACUGGCAGUCUGGUUGGUCAACAUCCAAGAAGGCGUGGUGCUGCCAUCACACUCAUCGCGGCUGCAUCGUGUCGUUGCCAUAUGAUUGCGACGCGGGGUACAGUAACUGGCAACUGGGUUGGUCUGCAAGCAAGAAAUCUUGGUGCUGUGCGCACAGCCACCGUGGCUGUGGGGGACCUACGUAUGAUUGCAAUGCUGGCUACUCGCAUUGGAUGUCCGUAUGGACCCCUGCCAAGAAGGAAUGGUGCUGCCAUCACUACCAUCAUGGCUGUCCUCCAGCGUCAGUUCCCUACGACUGCGAUGCUGGCUUCACCAAUUGGCGGGCGGGGUGGUCGGACGGUAAGAAGAAAUGGUGCUGCCACCAUGCUAACCGAGGCUGCUCGCAUAUGCCCUACGACUGUGAUGCCGGUUACUCCAACUGGCACCAUGGCUGGUCGGAUGAGAAGAAGAAGUGGUGCUGCCAUCAUUUCCAUCGAGGCUGUGAGAUAUCAUCCUACGAUUGCGAUGCUGGCUAUGACGAUUGGAAGAGCGUCUGGUCCAACAACAAAAAGUAUUGGUGCUGCGAGCACUUUCAGAAAGGCUGUUCCCACUGGGACUGUGACAAAGACUACUCGGACUGGGUGCACGAAUGGGGUGCCGAGAAGAAGCAAUACUGUUGCAACAAGUACCAUCGUGGCUGCUCGAGUGACAGCUCCUCUCUAGUAUCCGCCGGAUACGAUAUGCACCAUGGGGUGGUCACUUCGUCUGACUUGACCCUGGGCCAUGCCGCACCACCAUUAAGCAUGGUUCCGUACGGCUAUCACUGGGUGCAUGUCCUCCACCACGGUGAGAUGAGAUGGGUCGCAGUCCCCGACAAGCACCACAUCUCUAACAUCGGACAUCCCCCCGGUGCACCCUUGGCGGGACAUGCCUGGCAAUGGCGUGAGCACAAGCACCAUGGUGACCAUGGUCAUUGGUACCAGGUUUCCAUGUUGCGCACACCUCACAGCUAA